AUGGACGGCAAGGUGGUGAAAAGGCCGCCAAAACGCAAAGAAGACCGAAUCAUUCUGCAGUUUGACUACGACUGCUUCUACGCUCAAGUAUUUGAGAACAAAAACCCGGCUCUGAGGUCAAAGCCGCUCGGCAUUAAGCAGAAGAACAUUUUGGCCACCUGCAACUACAAUGCGCGCCGCCGCAAUGUCAAGAAGCUGAUGCUCAUCUCGGAGGCAAAGAAGAUUUGUCCCGAUCUCGUUCUUGUAGACGGCGAGGACUUGACGCCGUUUCGCGAUGUGAGCAAGACUUUGUUCAAUUUCCUGAGAUCUCACUCCUGGAAUGGCAAAGCGGAACGGCUGGGCUUUGAUGAAGUCUUUUUAGAUGUGACUGACAUUAUCGACUACAACAUGUCGUGUCUCAACCGAACUUCAAUGGCCGAGUCGUUCUUCUAUCUAUCCAGCAAGGACCCUGAGUUGGGCUUUCCGUGCGACUUGACCUCCAUUGCAGGCUGUGUUGUUGGUGCCACUGUCGAGGACGUGGAUUUGGAGAGCCCUACAUAUUUGAGGCACCUCUUGGGCUCCCACUUUGCCCAAUACCUGCGACUAAGGCUGGAGCAAGACUUUGGUUACACAUCGACUUGUGGCAUCUCUACAAAUAAACUUCUGAGCAAACUUGUCGGCAGCAAGAACAAGCCGAGGAAUCAGACAACGCUGCUUGCUUUGACCGAUGACGAUAUCGUGAGCUUUGUGGAUGGGCACAAGCUUCGCAAUAUUGCAGGAAUGGGCUCCAAAAUCACACACGUGCUUGAGUCACACAUUAUGACCAAGGAGCUUGAAGACACUGGGCCCUUUGAUUCUCACGUAACGGCACGAGAAGCUCGUCUCCAUCCAACCAUAUCCCCGUCCUUCCUUGAGGUACUUCUGGGUGGCCCUGGCGCGGAAAGAGGCAUUGGGUCUCGAGUUUGGGGCUUUCUUCAUGGCGUGGAUCCUACAGAAGUCAAGGAAGCAAACGACGUCCCUUCCCAAAUCAGUAUCGAAGACACCUACGGCGGUCUUCAAACGAUACCCCGAAUUACUGAAGAGCUUCAUAAGCUGUCGUGUUCUCUAAUCCGGAGAAUGAGAGUAGAUCUUACGAUCCUAGACCACGGCUCAGACAUACCAGGCGGUCAAAAGUGGAUUGCAAGACCAAGGACCCUCCGACUCUCAACUCGAUCUUGGCCGAAGUCGGAUGCCUCCCAAACUCGAGACUUCAGUCGUGUGUCUCGGUCAGGACCGCUACCGAGUUUUCUAUUUGACCUAAAAGCUGACAUUGAUGAGCUUGCUCAGCAACUAGUCGCAGAAGCGUUAUUGCCACUACUCCGCCGCUUACAGAGUGAAAAGGGUCAGACGUGGAAUUUGCAGCUAAUUAACAUUUGCGCGGCAAACAUGGUUGCCGGAGCUACUGAUGACAAGACGGGAGCGGGACGAGACAUUGCAGUCAUGUUCAAGAAGCAGGACGAAGUACUUGCUCCAUGGAGGAUUGCGUCCAACGCGACUGGCGAAGAUGAGAAACUCGCAAAAGACGAAAUGGAGGACGAUAUAUCUGAAGAUUUGGAUUCUGACAUAUCUUGGGAGGCCUCGGAUAGCUCCAUAUGCGUUACCUGCGGCCACUCUAUACCAUCGUUUGCGCUGCCCGCUCAUGUAAGGUAUCACGAGUUGGGCGAAUGAGUUUAUCUCGUCUUGCUGCCAGUCUCAUUAAGAGAAGUGACUUUCGACAUUAUCGGUCCACGCCUUAAUAUUUGCACUGGGUGCUUCGCAAGCAGCAGUUGGCUUUUCUGUAUCACGUUUCUGUACGACGAUAAGACGCGGAGCCGGAGCCCGCUGCCCAGUGGUAUGCUUUUGUACUCUGUGCGUCUUCCGGGGGGCACAGGUUGAUUGCGAUUUCUGCGCAACACGCGCAUCAAAGGAUAACUUUGUGAAUAAGGCGGCUUGAGCUAUGUUGUACCAGCAAAUAUGCGACUCCUUUGUGGAAUAUAGAGGAAGCCAAUAGGAGGAUCAUUAUUCAAGAGACAGGAUUGAUUGUGACUUGUUUGUCUGCACGACCAAGAAAGAGAAGGGAGAAGGGAGAAAUAGGAGAGAUGCGUAGUAGUAUAUAAUCAGCUUAUUUAAACGUAGCGACAGUAAUUCAGAGUGGCGCCAUCGAC